AUGUUGGGAAGAUUUUCAAGAUCUUAUAUAAAAAUUGAUGGUAUCUUUGCUGAUGAUACACGUCUUCUAAUCAAAUUAAUCAUCGGUCUUGCACUUUUCUCGGAAGAAAUAGGUGAUCAACAAAGAGAAGAUGAAAAUAAUGAAUUAGAAGCUCAACGAAGCUAUGAUCGUGCUCUUAAGCUUUGUGCAAUAAUAUGGUUAGAUCGAGGUUUUCAAAAUGAAAUACAACAAUUACCAACGACAUGUUUAGAAUGUGAGUGGAACGGGUCAUUGAAACUUUAUCAAAAGCAUCGUGAUCAAAAUCAUCAACAAUUUACCAACUGUUCCAUUUGCAACGAACAAGUAGCUCAAAGUAACCUUCAUCGACAUUAUUUAGAUGAAAUACAUCAAGAAAUUCUUUCCACCUUCUCUUUAAUAUGUACAUCAAACAAUAGUAAUUUAAAUCAUAGUCAAAUUCAAGGAACAAUAUCCAAUUUAUUAAAUAGUACAAAAGUUCGAAAUAAUGAUAUACAACGAAUCAAUAGAGAACUUAACAGUCAUCAAUAUGCUAUUUCAGUUAUGGCUCAACAAUGGUCUUCAUUUAAAACAAUAGUUCAAGAAAUCAAUGAUCAUAUCUAUGGAAUAGAAAUUAAUCGAAAUUUAUUAUAUCAACAAUUCCUAAUUUUGAAAGAGAAUGUUGAAGAUGCUCAGGCUACAUCGUUUGAUGGAACACUCACGUGGAAGAUAACGAAUUUUCAAGAAAAGAGAAUGGAUGCUAUAUCAGAACGAAAAAUAUCAAUCUAUUCUCCAUCAUUUUAUUCAUCUCAAACAGAUUAUAAAAUGUGUUUACAAUUAUGUUUAAAUGGGGAUACUAAUACACAAGGUACACACAUGUCAUUAUUUUUGGUAUUAAUGCAAGAUAAUCAUAAUACAAUUUUUCAUUGGCCAUUUAAAUUUAAUGUAACAUUUACUUUACUUAAUCAAUUAUCAUCAAACAAUAACCAAUCGAUUUCCUUUUGGUUUAAUACAACAUCAAGCUGUUUUCAACAUUCAACUACCGAUAUAAAUAUUGUUGAUGGUACUUCAACAUUUCUUUCUCUUGAUUUAUUUGAAAAAAAUCAAAAUCAAUAUGUUCAAAAUGAUACAAUGUUUAUUAAAGUGGAAAUUGAUUUUCAGGCUGAAAAACCGAGUAAAUUGUCUAUACUAAAGCAUAUUUGA